AGUCACUUUCGAGCUGUGAAUCCUGAUUCACCACUGACAAGUGAUUGCGUCUUGAGGGAGCGACGCAAUCUAAACUCCGACAGCCCGUGCAAUCGCCGACGGAGUCUGGGGGAUCGGCGCUGUGACUUCCGCCCUCGAUAUUGACUUGCCUUCCAUCUCUUAUUGUUUCUCAUCAGGAAACAGUCGCCAUCGCGGAAGCUCAUACUCGGUCAGGAUGUCGUCAGCUCUGGAUACUGGAGUCACUAAAAUCACACUUUUAUCGUGUGCGCCCAAGUCAGAACGAAUCGCAGAAGACGCCGAGGCUUUUUCGAUAUUCUUCGAUAAUUGCCGCAAUGCUUUCCAACAAGAUUAUAGUGGCAGACCACGAAAGCGUGCAAGACUUGGAACCACAGACAAUAUCGACUCUACCAACCCUUCUCUUGCCUCAGGAAUCACUAUCGCUCGCUUUGACCUGAAUCUGCACAUAUCUUCAGGUACGACUAGCCACAGCGAAUCAUCAACUACCUUGGAAGACGACAUCGAGGUUGGUCUUGUCGAUGCUCACGACCUAAAUACCUCAUCUCCGUCCUUCUCGUUGGUUGGUCAUGCUGGUUACAAGAAGAGCUCGACUCUAACAUUUCAAACCACCACUCCCCUUUCUCCAACUACAGCCGACCUUCUUUCACGCCUACUGAGUCUGGAGAAGCGUUCGAGACGUAACGUCAAGCCCGGAGUUUGCAGAUCCACAUGUCGCCUACAUCGUUCGUCGGGCUCAUCAGGUCCUGUGUAUACCUUGGAGUGUAGCAUCAUCUGGCUCGACGGGCAGUCUGCUUUUGGGCCAGCGGCAACCAAGAAGGAAGAUUGGGCUACGCUUACUCAAUUCUACAAGGCGCCUCAGUGUGCUCAAGGAAAAUCUUGGACACCGCAAGAGUUCUAUGCUAGUGUGCACUCUCCGCCAGAAGAUGCGCAGGUUCCCGAGAUUGUCAAUCGCAAGGUGCUCGAGACGGAAUUGUAUCCUUUCCAGAAACGCGCUGUUGCAUGGAUGCUCGAGCGAGAGACUCCGAGCCCUGAUUCUCGCGAAGUCUGGCUAUCCUACAGUCCCGUUACGGAUGCCAGUGAUCAACGAUACUUUGUUAGCCACUUGGAAGGCGUCAUAUGCUCUGCAUCUUAUCUCGGUGCUUUUCGAGAACCUACAGGUGGUAUCUUGGCAGAAGAAAUGGGACUCGGAAAGACUUGCGAGCUCAUAGCACUUAUGUGCUUGAACAAGCGAACAGUAUCCGACAUGGAAGAGACAACCACGCACGCCCUCACAAAGUCCAGAGCGACGCUCAUUGUCACACCACCGACCAUCUUACAGCAAUGGAAAGAUGAACUCGCUCGACACGCACCCGGUCUUUCAGUUCUCCACUACAAGGGUGUCUCUAACGUUUCAUCGUCCAGACGAGAAGCUCAAUCAUUGCUGGAAGACCUUGCGCAACGAGACGUGGUCAUCACCACGUACUCCACCUUGGCCAAGGAGGUUCACUUCGCCGUCGAUCCUCCUGAGCGGUCGUUGCGCCAAAGGGAGCGUAAGCGCACUCGACCUCGUAGCCCUCUUGUACAGAUGCACUGGUGGAGAGUCUGCUUGGAUGAGGCACAGAUGGUCGAGUCAGGCGUGAGUGCUGCAGCUCGCGUAGCCUCUCUUCUUCCUCGUCAGCACGCUUGGGCUGUAUCCGGAACGCCUCUGAAGAAGGACGUGCAGGAUCUCUUUGGACUUCUCGUGUUUCUCAGAUAUCAGCCAUUUUGUAACUCUGCCGCAAUUUGGCAGCGUCUCAUUCAACAAUACGCCGACAUGUUCAAGACGUUGUUCGGCAGCAUAACACUCCGUCACACCAAGAAUUACGUCCGUCAUGAACUCAGGCUACCCCCUCAAAGAAGGGUAGUCUUGACUCUGCCAUUCACGCAAGUCGAGGAACAAAAUUACAAGACCUUAUUCGAAGCCAUGUGUGAGGAAUGUGGAUGCCGCUCCGAUGGUUCGCCCCUUGUUGAUGAUUGGGAUCCCGAGUCGUCCUUCGUACUUCAAAAGAUGCGUGCUUGGCUUUGCCGAUUGCGUCAGACAUGUCUUCAUCCUCAAGUUGGUGGAAGAAACAGAAAAGCUCUUGGGCGCGGACAAGGUCCUUUACGUUCUGUAGCCGAGGUUCUUGAGGUCAUGAUAGAUCAGAACGAGACAUCCAUUCGUACAGAAACUCGUCUUGCUGUCACUACAGAGCUCAAGCGAGGUCACAUUAUUGGUAACCCAAAGGACGACGAUCAUCGCGCUGCCAAGGCUCUCAAGAUUUAUACAUCAGCACUUGAAAAGUCGGAAGCGAUUGUUGCAGAGUGUAGGACGAAUCUUGCCAAUGCACUUGUCCAUGAGAAUGGCAAACAAAGGAAGUAUGAUGGUUCUGAAGACGAGAAAUCGCCGGAAGACACUUCCGAAGGUCGAUGCAGGCUUGCUCUGUACUCCGCUCUACAGCUUCAACACGCCUGUUUCUUCUUCAUUGGUACAACCUACUUCCAAAUGAAGUCCAACAUCAAUAUCACCGAACCAGAGUCGAAGAAGUUCAAAGAGCUAGAGGAACUCGAAUCAAACUACUACGAAUCUGCCAAGUUGAUCCGCAAAGAGAUCCUUAGCGAGGACGCUGCGAAAGCAGAAAAGCUUAUGCACAAGGUGGCAGAAGAGAAGGACAAUUUCGAUCUCAAGCCCUCCAAACUAGCCGCGAUUGAGAGUCCUGGUGGUGUGGAGAAUGUCAAGAUAAUGCACAAAGCUAGAGCUCUUGCUGGUAUAAUGAACGGCCAAGCAAAGCUCAUCACUGCAUGGACAACGAAGGCUGUGGAUCUGCUUCUCAAGCCCCUAGUCGACAAGGAUGAAGAAGGAAACGAGACCACCGGUGAGGAGUACGAAGACUCAACAAAAAUGCAGGACUCGCUGAACGUAUACCUCGAUGUUUUGAACGCAGUCAUUGCCGAUCGCUCAACUUGCGUCACAGGACAGACAGCGCCUCGUAUAGACGCUGACAUGAACUUCUUGCGCCAGAACGCUAUUUGGGAAGAUGGACACGCACCAGCUCUGACGCUUGAGUUGUUGGGCGAGCGUAACAAAUUGAAGCAGAAGCCCGAUGAUCUGCAAUCUUUGCGCGGUCUGAUCCAUGAGAUCCGUGGUAUUGAAACAGCCCUAGAAUGGCAGGAGGGCAGUGCUCGAGCCAGGGCGGAGCUACAGAUUGUUCGAGAUCAGCUCAAACAACUCGCUUCCAUCACAGAAGAAGAGACAAAGGCUGUGGAGCAUCUCGAGAAGAUGAGCCGACUCUUCCUCGCUACUAUGAACCAGCGCCUUGAGUUCUAUCGACAGCUCCAACAAAUCUCGGAUACCGUGGCACCUCACAAACAAGAUUGGGACGACACACUGGAUGUAGCCGGCCUCGAGUAUGUGACUCGCCAGCAAGAAGCCCACACCAAGACUCUCGCAGCUCUGAAGACGAAGCAUCGCUUUUUACUUCAUCUCCGCGAGGAAAGCACCACUUCGCAAGAAACGCAAAAAAUCUGCGUCAUUUGCCAGAGCUCCUUCGAGCAGGGCGUCCUUACCGUCUGCGGCCAUCAGUACUGCAAAGAAUGUAUCAACCUCUGGUGGAACGCCCACCGCACUUGCCCGGUCUGCAAACGCCAUCUGUCUCUUCAAGACUUUCACCAGAUCACCUACAAACCGCAGGAGCUACAUGCACAAGAGGAAGACUCCGAACCUUCUUCGCCAAGCCAAGGGUCCAACAAGAGCACAACUCCAGGCACCUCCAUCUACGCCGACAUUGGCAAUGACGCACUUGCACAGAUCAAGUCUAUCGAUCUCAAUGGUUCAUUCGGUACGAAGAUCGACACUCUGGCUCGUCACAUCCUCUGGAUCCGUCAACAUGAUCCUGGCGCAAAGGCAAUUGUGUUCAGCCAAUUCCGAGAAUUCCUUGAUGUCCUUGGUACCGCAUUUAAGCAAUUCGGCAUCGGCUACUCACGCAUGGGAAAGGCGCAUGCCAUCGACCGCUUCAAGAACGACGCUAGCGUCGAAUGCUUCCUCCUCGACGCAAAAACCGACUCUUCAGGCCUGAACCUCGUGAAUGCGCAAUACGUUCUCCUCGCCGAACCUCUGAUCAACACAGCCAUCGAACUCCAAGCCAUCGCCCGCGUGCACAGAAUCGGUCAACAACGCCCCACAACCGUGUACAUGUACCUCAUCGGCGACACGGUGGAAGAAGCAAUCUAUGAAAUCUCAGUCGCGAGACGGGUUGCCCAUAUGCAAAGCAAACGCUCCUCUUCUACCAAAGCCAGCACACCAGUGUCGGGAGAAGCGGCUAUUGAUGCAGCUAAUUCGUUGGAAUUGCAACAAGCUCCUGUUUCCAAACUGCUUGUGCAAGGGAGAGGGGAAGGCGAGGUUGUGCCUAAUGACGAUCUUUGGAGUUGUCUUUUUAGAAAGAAACGGCAGGGGGAGCAGGGUGUUGUGUCUGCGGAAAUGGAGGGGGAAGUUGGUAGGUUUCUUCGAGGGGAAGCUGCAGAGAAUAGACGUGCUGCUAAGUAGAGACAAGGAUUUUGCAACAAAAAAAAAGUAAAAAAAAAUGGACGAAGAAGACCAGCAGAUCCAAGCAUAAUAAAAGGCGGCAAGAAAGGAAAACGAAGAAUGAGUGAUGAUGAUACUUUUGAAAUGAAAAAGGCCACGAUCAAACCUUGAUGGAUAUGGAAAUCUUUUGAUACCCCCAGAACACUGCAAGAUAGUAACAAGUAAAAAAAACCCCCCAUCCUUUUACCAUUGGCAAGAGAUGAAUGAAAAUACAC